GCCCAAUAGCCAGGGAAAAUUGCUCUCCCGUUUAUGCACCUCAGCACCUCCGUACUCCCGUUCACCUCCCCUGCCCUGAUAGCUAUACGCUCGUACUCCGUACGUUCGAUUCGGCCGUUUUCUGCAUCAACGGGCCGAACACGCCCUUGCCGACCGCCGCCGCCGCCCUAAUCCCCGGCUCCCCGCUGCCCAGGUCUUGGUCGGACCCUUUACCGGCGACGAGCACCCGCUACGACAGGGCUUGCAUGAUACUAGUAUUUUCGACGAUAACAGCAAGAAGCCUUCAUAAAGCCAUACCUGCUUCUCAUUCACAUUCUUCAAACUUUUGGAACAAAGAAUUCUUUAGCUGUAAGCCAACAUUUCAACAUCUUAGCACUGACAACCCGAUGAGCCCAAAUGAUUUGUUGGAGGCUCAGGAUAGGGUUCCUGCUGAGGGAAACCACAGUUGCUCCUCAAGUGUUCAGUCCACCCCAGAAAUUGAGAAAAAGUAUGUGCAUCGUGUCUAUGAUGCUAUAGCCCCCCAUUUCAGUGCAACAAGAUUUGCUAAAUGGCCCAAGGUUGCUGGAUUCUUGAAUUCCUUGAGGCCUGGGUCGAUUGUACUGGAUGCUGGCUGUGGUAAUGGCAAGUAUUUGGGCUUCAACCCUGAUUGUUUAUUCAUAGGAUGUGAUAUAAGCCCACCGCUUAUUGAGAUAUGUGCUGGGAGAGGGCAUGAGGUGUUGGUUGCUGAUGCUGUCAACCUCCCAUACAGGGAUGAUUUUGGUGAUGCAGCAAUUUCAAUUGCUGUGUUGCAUCAUUUGAGUACUGAUGAUAGACGGAGGAAGGCCAUAGAAGAGCUCAUACGUGUUGUUCGGAGAGGUGGUCUGGUGCUCAUAACAGUCUGGGCUAGGGAGCAGGAAGACAAGUCAUUGCUUAACAAGUGGACUCCCCUCUGUGAGAAAUAUAAUGAAGAGUGGGUUGAACAGAGCAGUCCUCCAGUACGUAGUCAAUCUGGAACUCUUCUGGAAAGCAUUGCAGAAACUGAUGAAGACACUGGUGUAAUGAAGCAAACAGAUGACCAAUUGAAAAAAUGUCAUGAUGGGGUGGAGGAUAAGAUCAUUGACUGUAGUAAUUCAAAGACUGAUGAAAAUGAGAAAAACCAGCAGGAGUACUUUGUUCCAUGGCAUCUACCAUUUCACCGAGCUGAAAUUGGUGCUGCAUCUGCUGCUCUGGAGAUUGGAUUUGCAAAGAAAGAUGAGAAGAAGGGUACAGUGGUCUACAAUCGUUAUUAUCAUGUUUUUGUUGAAGGAGAACUUCAAAGAUUGGUUUCUGGCAUAAAGAAUGCUACUAUUGUUGACCAGUUCUAUGACAAAUCCAACUGGUGCAUUGUUCUCGAGAAGCUUUGAGCUGCAGGCAAAGGGAACAAGAAGCCAUCUGAAGCUGAUAUUUGGGAGGCUUCAGUGGUAGGCAAGCCAAUGUUUUGAUCCCGAAAUGUAUGAUGCAUUGUUAAGACUUAUGUGUCAGAUUGCCCGAUAUUUUGUGGGCCAUCUGGACUUGUAGAAAUAUUUGCUGUCAAUCUGGUCAACAUCGUAUAUUAGCAUGAUUGCUAGUACUGUUUUUUAUAUAAGUAUGAGCUUUCAUUUUUUUUGACGCAAAAUGAAGGUAUCCGUUACCCUUUGUUU